CGCUUCCAAAUUAGAGUUAAGAAUGAGUUCAAGCAGUACAAUAGUUAUCAAAAACCCCGCUCCUAAUUUUCCCGACACCGCCCUGAAGUCUCUUAACGAACAGAAAUCUCCCGCGUUGCUUGUCGUGUCGUUGUGGUUGUUCUCGUCCAUUUUCUCGGCAGCGAAGACAGACUUCAGCUCCAAUACCACAGGUAUAUCCAUUGCUUUCAACAUGCAAGAUGUGGUGCUCGUAGCUUUUUCUGCAUGGAUGCUACUCAGGGGUUUGUCUACGAGAAGUGCGGCUUUGAUAUUUCCCUGGGUGAUAGUGACGCUGUACGGUCUCUACUUCAACCACUACAAGAGCCUUUCGAAGAUGAUGACCGUGUUACGACACGUGAGACACGCCACUGCACUACCGUGGAUUGCCCUUUUUGUCACUGCUGUUGGACUGGUGUUACGAGUGUUACUCACCUUGAGAAUCCUGCAACUUUCCGCAAAUCUCUGGUACAGAAAAAAGCUAGAGAAAGAGCUGUACGAAACGAUAAACUAA